AUGGAAGAAAAGAGAUUUCUUGAAAUUUUACAAGAUUAUGAAUCCGGAGGAAUAAAACAACGUUUGGAAAACGAAUUUUCUCAGGUUAAGAUCAAAGUUGAAGGUUUGAAGGUUGAGAUUAAAAACAUGGAAGAAGUAGAAAAAACAAGAGCCGCUAUAGUCGAGAGUGCCAUCUCAACCACCGUAAUAACGGACGAGGAAAGAAGAUGGGUUGUUAUUGGUGUGUGUUUGACCAAAGUUCUCCCACCUGCGUUGAGAAAUGUCCUGGCAACCGAAAUACCAAAAUGGCAUCAUGUUCUAUGUCAACCACCGACUGAGAUUGACAAACAGGUGUAUCACCGACAUAAAAAACAGUUGAAUCCAUCAACUAUAAAACUCAACUAUAAGAACAUUAACAACAAUAAUGUUCAUAAAUCACCAUGGUUAUAUGAUUAUGCAGUUAGAGACCCAUUGUCUUUAGCAAAGUUGUUUGUUCAGCCAUUAAUGUCUAAGUUUACUGGCUUUGACCAAACAAUGGAUAUUUCUGCAAUCUUAUCAUUGAUUUGCGAAGCUGCUCCAUUUACAGCAGCUGCUGCUGAUGCAAAGACAGUCCGGUCUGACAUCAGAAACGAGUGGGCACAUUGCAACUUUGCAAACUGGACUGAGGCAAAAUUUAAUGAUGCUUUUCUUUGUAUGGAAACUUUGCUGAAGAAUGUGAAUCUCUCACUUGAAAAGGAACAACAAAUAUGUGAUGAUCUGAAUAGUUGGAAAGAUAAAGAGUUGCAGUUGUGUUUCCGUAGUCAACCUUUCGACAUCCACACCUCGAGUUUACUCAAAGAGCUUGUUGAUGAACUUCGUUUAUCUGUGCAGACAUUGAAUUUAGAAGAAAACCAGCUAUUUACAGUACUUUUGAAAAUUGACGACCUGCGUCGUCAUGUCGAAAUAAUUGGAACACAAAUUGAAAGAUAUCUUACCGAAAGGGAGCUGCCUUAUGUCUUCAGUGCACCGGCACGAAAUCUUUAUUUUGCUGGUCGGAUUAAAGAAAUCGAAGAGCUUAAACGUAUUUUGAAAGUUGGAGAAACAUCGAACGAAAAGAAAGUCCGUGUCGCAGCAGUAUGUGGAUUGGGUGGAAUUGGUAAAACAAGCCUUGUCACCGAGUAUGCUCAUCAGAUGAAGGAUUUCUACAAAGGAGGGGUUUAUUGGUUCUCUGCUGAAGAUGAUACGUUUCUUGACAAGUCGGUGAAUUAUAUUUCGUCAGAAAUUGUCUCUGGUAAUUCAUUCAAUUCGAAUUUGGCACUUCUCCUAAGAAGGAUUAGCACAACCAAUGACCCAUGUCUUAUUGUGCUCGACUGCUUGGAUCAACUGGAACUUUCAUCCAACAUGAUGGAAUUUCUUUCCUUCCCUUCGCACACAAAUCUGGCAUAA